AUGGGCAACAUUUGCUCCCGCUCUUCCAAUGAGCCAGACCCCUUCAACCAACCGGGCCGUGUGGUCGGCACCACCUCAGGGAGAACUGCCGCACCCCGCGCCCCACUUCCGGGCAAGACAAACUGGAAGUCUACACCCGGCCGCACUCUGGGUGAGAGCACUGCAGUUGGUAGUACUGGUGGAACGGACGAGGCACGUGCAAAUGCUGCAAUUGCGGCACAGGUAGGACAGCUCGUUUCCCGCGAACAUAUGCUGUGCAGGGCUACGAUUGCUGACUUGUGUGUGUUACAGAAACGUGCUGAAGGCGCCUCUGCCAAUAAAGGGAAAUUGGGCUCAAAGCUGGCUGCACAGAAGGCACAGACUCAGGCGCAGACAUUAAAUCAAGUCAGUCGCACUGAGAGGGCUGCACGAGAUGUAGAUGGGGUUGAGGCUGCAAGGAGAUGGGAAUAG